AUGGAACAAGCAUUGAGAUCUCAGAAGAUGAGCUCUGCCUCUGCUCGGAGAAGAAAGUUUGAAGAAAGACAUCAGCAAAAUGCGUUGGAGAGGGAGCGGAUCCAAGAGCACAAGAGACGGCUCAUGACACAUGAAGGGACAGCAGAGGUCAUGGAGGGAUCCGAUGACAAUCCUGCUGAUAAUAUGGAUCUGGAUGUCGAAGCCGACGUCGAUGUCGAUGCUGGACGGUUUGACCGGGAGUCCUCUGUCGAGACGCCCUCCGAACGAAGCGUGUUGACUCCAGACGACCCUUUUCCUAACCGAACGGCUUUCACCCGGUAUACUGGGGUCACGCCGUCGAAGAUUGUUCUUCCAGAACAGGAGGACACCACCCCUAUGGCGGUGGACGACAGUGGUGUCGUCGUCCCCCUCCCGUCACCAAGGCCAGUCUUGCAGGCUUCACUGGCGACCUUGUCAGACUUCCGAUACGAUCGAUACUCUGUGUUCAUGGAAUCGCCGCCGAUAUCAGAGGUCAUGAGCCCAGAGGUCGAGCCCGACGAGACGUUUUCGCCGAUCGAAAUUGCCACACCUGUCUCCUUCUCGCAGCCCAAAUCCCGACCCUCACUGAUCUCCAUCGUCGGCGGCUCGCAGGAGAGCAGACGAAGACCGUCAUGGGUGCAAAGAUCCAUCUCGGACACAAUAACACAACUACCCGGACGACCGGCCAAACGUCGAUCGACAAGUAGCAGUCGUUCGGGGUUCCCUGCAGCCGAAGCUACGCUCUUUGAGAUCCCAGAUCUACCUGCCAAUGCGUCCGAGGUGAUUGCCGAUGCCAAUGCAAGUGAGGAGUCGCUGGCUAUCCGCGGCAAGACGCUCAAAUCCAGGGCCGAACGAAUAUCCAGUCUGCCCCGACUAUCCACGGCUCUCAACCACGCACGCAUGAGCAGCAUCAGGAAUUUCAUCAAAACGCCCUCCUCGGUGGCAGAUACACGUCCGUUUUCUCGAUCUUCAAGCUACAUGAGUCCACCUUCAACUCCGAGCCUGUCAGGCGGCGAGCCGGCUUUGGGAAAACACGCGACUGCGUCGAGCAGCUCUAGCGCCCUAGCCACCUUGCAACGACCUACGACAGCAAUGAGCAUUACGAGUACCACAAGCUUCGCCAACAUGACAGCUUUGCCAGCAGUCCGCACGCCCCCAGCAGAGGACCACAUGUCCGACGCUCUCAGCACAAAACUAAACGUGCCAAAGAAAAAGUCGUUCUCCACCUUGCGCCGACGGAGUGAAAGCAUCGGCCACGCUAUCAAGGGACUGGGAAAGACCACAACAAAACACGAUGUGCCGCUACCUAUGUUGACAGGCAUGAUGACGCCCACGAACCAGCAGCCUCUCGACCUGUCCAAGUUUCCAACCCCACCACUACCCUCGGCUCGUCUGGAAAAGAGGAGUACAGCAUCAUUGACUUCUACGUUGACCGGGAGCAGUGCUGGUGAUGUGGAUCUAGGACUGAACAGAGUGGACGGACAGUUGAAGAAAUAA